AAGUUUAGGAAAAUGGGCUAGAGAACACGUUAAUAACCAAACAAUGUCUGAAAUAAUCAAAUCUAUCGAAAAUGUUACUAAUUAUCUUUGGAGUGUAGUAAGUUUUUUAAAGGAUAAUAGAGUACAAGGAGAAAUACAGAAUAUGCAAAUAACAUUUAGUUAUUCUACAACUGUUGACGUUCAGAAUGCAAAAAAAAUUAGUUGCUCUUGCACUUAUCAUCAAAUAGCAUUUCUUAAAUUAAUGGAGAAACCUUUUAUACAACUAGUUAAUAAUUACAAUAAUUAUGAAAAUGCUUAUAUUAAAGAACGGGGAAAAUUCUUUAAAGGACUUCUACUAGAUUCUUUACCAUUUGGGAUGUUUUCUAAAUUGCUGCAACUAUUUAAACCUUUAGAGCAUAUUACAUGCAGUAUUCGUAAAAUGGCUAUGAAAGAAUAUUUGAAUUUAGUAGAUAGAAUUGUCAUUAAUGCAGAUAAUAUGUUGAAAGAACUUCAGUUUAAUG